AUGUCUGCUGAUUCUAAAGUUUUUUUGAUGGGUGAAGAGGUUGGAGAAUAUGAAGGUGCUUAUAAGGUUAGUUAUGUGUUUUGCUCUAAUUUUGUUUUGGUUGGAUAUGAGAGGCUUAAUGACAUUGUUGGAAGUGCUUAUUAUGUGGCUCCGAAAGUUCUUCAUAGAUCUUACAACACAGAAGAUGACGUGUGGAGUAUAGGUGUGAUAGCAUAUAUUCUAUUAUGUGGUAGUCGUCCAUUUUGGGCUAGAACAGACUCGGGUAUUUUUAGGGAAGUUUUGAAAGUUGAUCCAGGCUUUGAAGAAGCUUCUUGGCCAGCCUUAUCUUCAGAAGCAAAAGAUUUUGUCAAACGCCUACUGAAUAAGGACCCACGAAAAUGA